CACCAAAGAUUUUCGUCUCCCAGACGAAGAAGAACAAGAAGAAGAACACCUAAAACGAUUUAUAGAGAGAGAAAGUGAGAGAGAGCGAUUUAUCUUCAACUCUUCUUCCUCACUCUGAUUCUCGAUCUGUGUGCCUUUGCUCUCGCGUUCUUUGAUUAAAAAGCUUUCAAGAUUCGCUCGCACGCUCCUCGAUCUAUCGACUCAGCUCUUCAAUUUCCCGUUGCAAUUAGGGUUUCGGAUUGGCGCGAAGAUUGAGAGGAUUGAAGUGAUUGAAGUAUGAGCAUCGAUAGCCCCGGUGAAGGAGAGAAUUAGGGUUUUCGUGGUUUUUUUUUUUGGGGGAGGGUGAAUAUUGGACUUCCAUGGGCGAUGGUGGCGUUGCAUGCGUGCCUUCGCAGCAUAUUAUGGAGCGGUUUUCGAUUUCAGAGACAUUUUGCGGAGGCAACAAUGGCAAGUUCAAAUCAAAGUCUUUCAAAGUUAUUAAGCGAAAGAUGAAGAUGAAGGUGAAAAAAGAGCAAUUUCAGAAGAAGACAGAGUGUGGGAAGGUUGAAUUGGGUCCUGGGAAAGGUAAGAGCAGUAGAGAAGUUGAGAAUGGUGAAUUUUGUAUAGAUAAGGUGCCAAAAGAGGAAAUUGAGGAAGGUGAAUUGGGUUCAUGGCCUAGAUGGCAGAAUGGGGAUAUGAUUCCUGAGAAGCCGCGGAAAUUUGAAGUGAAGAGCGAAAUUGAGAAGGGAGAGUCUCCAGCUGAUAAAUGGAGGAAAGGGGACGCAGAAAAGGGAGAGUUUGGUCCGGGGAAGUGGGGAAAGGAAUAUGUAGAUAAAGGGGAAUUUGAACUGAAGAGUGAAAUUGAGAAGGGAGAGUCUCCAACUGAGAGAUGGAGGAAAGGGGACCUAGAAAAGGGAGAGUUUGGUCCGGGGAAGUGGCGGAAGGAAUAUGCAGAUAAAGGGGAAUUCAGUUCUUGGAGGUCUCGAAGUGAUGAUGUUACAGAGAAGUUUAGGAAAGGAGAGCCUGAGAAAGCAGAAUUCGGGUCGUGGAGAGGUUCUAAAAUUGAACUGGAGAAAGGAGAGUUUAUGCCAGAAAGGUGGCAUAAAAGUGAAGUGGUGAAGGAUGAGUAUAGGUAUUCGAGAAUGCGCCGGGAUGAUUUAGCCAAAAACAAGGGAUGGAAAUGCGAACGAGAGUGGACACCUCCUUCUGCUAAGCAUGCAGAUGAGAAGGAGUUCAGCAGAAAUGGGAGCCAGCAUUUGGAAAAGUCCUCCAGGUGGGAAACUGGUCCAGAGAGAAAUCCAAGGCUGGGUUCAAAAAUUGUUGAUGAGGAAGGCUCUUUUAAGAAUGAAGUCAACAAUGGGAAGAAUCAUGGCAGAGAAUACUCAUCUGGAAACCGGUUGAAGCGGUAUGGUAAUGAUUCUGACAACGGUGGUGAUUGUAAACAUUAUGGAGAAUAUGGCGAUUAUAUAAGCUCAAAAAGCCGGAGGCUUUCUGAUGAUGGUGGCCGCUCCACAUAUUCAGAGCACUACUCACGCCGUUCUGUGGAGAAGUCUUACAGAAAUCCGUCUUCCUCUAGAAAUAUUAAUUCUGACAGGUACUCUUCUAGACAUUAUGACUCUGCUUUGUCUUCCAGAGUAUCUUAUGACAAGCAUGGUAGUAGCCCACGUCAUUCUGAGCGGUCCCCACAUCAGCGGGCCCGCUACACUGAUCACAGGGAUAGAAGUCCAGUCUAUCGGGAAAGGUCCCCAUAUGAUCGGAGUCGUCACUUUGAUCAUAGAACCCGAAGUCCUAGCUACUCAGCACGAUCCCCACAAGAUCGAGCUCGUUAUCAUGAUCGCAGGGAUCGGACCCCUAACUUCUUGGAAAGUUCCCCACUUGAUAGGAGUAGGCCCAAUAAUUACCAGGAAACAAAUCGAAAAAUUGGAGCAAGUGAAAAGCGGUUAAGUCAUUAUGGAAAUAAAGGGCAAGAAGAGAAGCUUGAUCUGAAAGAUCCUCAUGGGAGAGAUUCCCACAUAUUGGCUAAAGAAUUUCCAAACAGAAGCAGUUUGCAUAAUGGUAGUGUGUCAGUUGAGAAAACUAUUGACCAUCCGUCUCAGGAGGAAGAGCAAUCUAAAACUCAAGGAGUGAAUUCAAAAGAGUCUCCUCAGGCUAAUGGCACUACCGAGGAGCUUCCUUCAAUGGAAGAGGACAUGGAUAUAUGCGACACACCACCGCAUGUGCCAAUGGUGGCAGAUUCAACCACAGGGAAAUGGUUCUAUAUUGAUCAUUUUGGUGUGGAACGUGGGCCCUCCAAAUUGUGUGACGUGAAGGCACUUAUGGAAGAAGGCCUUCUUGUGUCUGAUCACUUGAUUAAGCACUUGGACAGUGACAGGUGGGUUACUGUUGAAAAUGCGGUUUCCCCAUUGGUGACUCUAAAUUUUCCUUCUAUUGUGUCAGACGUUAUUACGCAACUGGUAAGCCCUCCUGAGGCUUCUGGUAAUCUAUUGGCAGAUGUUGGAGAUACUGUUCAAUAUGCUAAUCAGCUAGGUGAGGAAAUGACAUCCACUUUGCCGGAGCCAGUGAUCUGCCCAGAUGAGAGUUUGUGCGGAUUUGAGACUUUAGAAGAUCUUCGUAUUGAUGAAAGAGUAGGAGCCUUGUUGGAGGGUCAUAAUGUUAUUCCUGGCCAGGAACUUGAGACAGUUGGGGAAGUGCUGAAAAUGACAUUUGAGCAUGGAGAGUGGGAGAAAUGGUGUAAUUCUGCAGGCUUACCUUGGAAUCAGUCUUGCGCUGGGGAACAACAUGAUAAAAUAUCAGGUGAUGGCUUAUCCACGUACCCUGAACUUGCAAAGAUAGAAGCUACAGUAAGUUCAACGGUUCUGUCUGAUAGGGAUUGUGCCUUUUCGUGUGCUGACUCUGGUGACUGUUUCUCUGGACGAUGGUCAUGUAAGGGUGGGGAUUGGAAGACGAAUGAUGAAGCUGUCCACGAUAGAUCCUGGAAAAAGAAGUUUGUCCUCAAUGAUGGAUACCCACUUUGCCAGAUGCCAAAGUCUGGCUAUGAAGACCCUCGAUGUUAUCAAAAAGAUGAAUUGUUCUAUCCUUCUCACAACAGAAGGCUGGACCUCCUGCCUUGGGCCUUUUCCUUGCCAGAUGAGUGGAAUGAUUGUAAUGGCGUUGGAAGAUCAAGUCAAUCAAAACCUGUUGUUGUAAGAGGAGUAAAAGGAACUAUGCUUCCUGUCAUCAGGAUAAAUGCAUGUGUGGUCAAGGACCAUGGUUCAUUUGUUUCUGAACCUCGCAUGAAAGUUAGAGGAAAGGACAGAUGCACUUCAAGGUCUGCUCAACCUCACUCUGGAAAUGGUUAUGUGAAGAGAUCAUCUGAAGAAGGUGGUUCUCAAUCUAAAAGUAUUCACGAACACGAAUCACAUGGCUCCUCCAAGAGUAUAACAUCCAUUGAUUUACCAAAAGGCCAUAUUUCCACAGUAGAUGACUUACAAUUACAUUUAGGUGGGUGGUACUACCUUGAUGGUGCUGGGCAUGAACAAGGGCCUUUGUCAUUUUCAGCGCUACAAGGCCUGGCAGAUCAAGGUAUUAUUCAGAAGAAUAGCAGUAUUUUCAGGAAAAUUGACAGAGUUUGGGUUCCAAUUACCUCUGCUGCAGAGGCUUAUGAAACUCCUAUCAAUAGCCGACAAGAGAUUAAUCAAACAUCUGGAGCUUCUCUUACAGAAUCAACAGGUGUGGCACUUGGCCAAAACACCACUGUUUCAAGUUUGUUCCACAACUUGCAUCCACAGUUCAUUGGUUUUACUCGGGGGAAGCUCCAUGAACUGGUCAUGAAAUCAUACAAGAGUCGGGAGUUUGCUGCAGCUAUAAAUGAGGUCUUAGAUCCAUGGAUCAAUGCCAAACAGCCAAAGAAGGAUAUGGAAAAAUACAUACAUAAUCCAGCUCUCUAUAAUAAAUUCCAGAAUUCAGGCAAAAGAGCCAGGCUUCUGGUUGAUGGAAGUGAAGAAGAUUAUGAAAUAGAAGAAGUACCAGCAGUUCAGGAGGAAUGCACAUUUGAUGAUUUGUGUAGUGAUGCUAUUUUUCAUGAAGAAGACAAUGUAGGUUCUGAGAUUGAGAAUGGGAGCUGGGGUUUCCUGGAUGGUCAUGUACUGGCACGAGUCUUUCAUUUCCUUCGAACUGAUGUAAAAGCCCUUGUUUUCGCUGCUGCAACUUGCAAGCACUGGAGAGCAGUGUUUAAGUUUUAUAAGGACAUCUCCAGACAGAUUGACUUGUCAUCUGUUGGCCCUAGUUGCACAGAUCCCAUGAUCUGGAAAAUCAUGAGUGGGUAUAAGAAAGAGAAGAUAACUUCAUUGGUUCUACUUGGUUGCACCAACAUCUCUACUUGCAUGCUUGAAGAAAUUAUUCAGUCAUUUCCUUCUUUAUCUUGUAUAGAUAUUAGAGGCUGCAGCCAGUUUGGUGAUUUGGUGGAUAAAUUUCUAAAUAUUAAUUGGUUGAAGAGCCGAGCUUCACAUUCAAAAAUGAGGAUUCUGAAAGACAUAAGUGAUAGAACUUCGUCAGUGUUCAAAAGUCAUAAUGUGUUGGAUACUCGCAUGGAUGAUUCCAGUGGACUGAAAGAUUAUUUUGAAAGUUUGGAUAGGAGGGACUCAGCAAAUCAGUUAUUCCGCAGAAGCUUGUACAAACGCUCAAAGCUAUUUGAUGCUAGAAGAUCGUCUUCUAUCCUAUCUAGGGAUGCCCAUUUGAGGCGUUGGGCCAUCAAAAAAUCUGAAAAUAGUUACAAGAGGAUGAAGGAAUUUCUUGCUCUGGGUCUGAAAGACAUAAUGAAAGAAAAUACCUUUGAUUUUUUUGUGCCCAAGGUUGCUGAAAUUGAGGAUAGAAUGAAGAAUGGCUAUUAUGCUGGUCAUGGCUUGGGCUCCGUGAAAGAGGAUAUAAGUCGAAUGUGCAGGGAUGCGAUCAAAGCAAAAAACCGUGGUGAUGCUGGAGACAUGAAUCGCAUAGUUACAUUAUUUAUCCAACUUGCCACGCGAUUGGAAAAUAGUUCUAAGCCUUCUUAUGAAAGAGAUGAAAUGAUGAAGAAUUGGAAAGAUGAUUCACCUGCAGGGUUUUCCCCCGCUACCUCAAAGUAUAAGAAGAAGCUCAAUAAAGUGACAGAGAGGAAAAUGAGAAGUAAUGGCACCUCCUUCAUUAGUGGUGGUUCUGAUUAUGGAGAUUAUGCAUCUGAUCGAGAAAUCAGAAGGCGUUUAUCCAGGUUGAAUAAAAAAUCUAUGGAUUCGGGAAGUGAGACAUCUGAUGAACGUGACGGAUCUUCUGAAGAAACAAAGACUGAUAGUGAAAGUACUGCAUCAGACACAGAAAGUGACUCGGAUUUCCAAUCAGAAAUUGGAAUUGGGGUGUCAAAAGGAGAUGGAUACUCAAUUGCAGAUGAUGGCUUUGAUUCUCUGACUGAUGAACGUGAAUGGGGUGCUCGAAUGACCAAAGCAAGCCUUGUUCCUCCUGUUACUAGGAAAUAUGAAGUAAUUGAUCAGUAUGUUAUUGUAGCAGAUGAGGAGGAAGUGAAACGGAAGAUGCGGGUUUCCUUACCUGAUGACUAUGCUGAAAAGCUCAGUGCUCAGAGAAAUGGCACUGAGGAGUCUGAUAUGGAGAUUCCUGAAGUUAAGGACUAUAAACCUAGAAAACAGCUUGGAGUUGAGGUGAUAGAACAAGAAGUUUAUGGCAUAGAUCCUUACACUUAUAAUCUUAUACUUGAUUCUAUGCCUGAGGGAACGGAUUGGACUCUUCAGGAUAAGCAUUUGUUUAUUGAAGAUGUUCUCCUUCGUACUCUGAAUAAGCAAGUUCGGAACUUUACAGGCACCAGCAACACUCCUAUGAUGUAUCCUUUACAGCCAGUUGUUAAGGAGAUCCUAAAAACUGCUGAGGAAGAUAUUGAUAUACGUUUUUGUGAAUGUAUCCUGAAGGCCAUUGAUAGUCGUCCUGAGGACAAUUACGUGUCUUAUAGAAAGGGGCUUGGUGUUGUUUGCAAUAAAGAAGGUGGCUUCAGCGAAGAUGAUUUUGUUGUGGAGUUUUUGGGCGAGGUUUAUCCUGCUUGGAAAUGGUUUGAGAAGCAAGAUGGGAUUCGUUCUUUGCAAAAAAAUUCUAAAGAUCCAGCGCCAGAGUUCUACAACAUUUAUCUUGAGCGGCCAAAGGGUGAUGCUGAUGGGUAUGAUUUAGUUGUUGUUGAUGCGAUGCACAAAGCAAACUACGCAAGUCGAAUUUGUCAUUCAUGUCGCCCUAAUUGUGAAGCAAAAGUUACUGCUGUUGAUGGUCAGUACCAGAUUGGAAUCUAUGCAGUACGCCCAAUUGAAUAUGGUGAAGAGAUCACAUUUGAUUAUAAUUCUGUUACGGAGAGUAAAGAAGAAUAUGAAGCAUCAGUUUGUUUAUGUGGGAGCCAAGUUUGCCGUGGGAGCUACUUGAAUCUGACGGGUGAAGGAGCCUUUCAGAAGGUGCUGAAGGAUUGGCAUGGAAUACUGGAUCGACAUCACUUGUUGCUAGGGGCUUGUGAAUUAAAUUUUGUAUCUGAAGAAGAUUAUAUUGACUUGGGUAGGGCUGGUUUGGGAAGUUGUUUACUUGGGGGAUUGCCGGGUUGGCUGAUUGCUUACUCAGCUCGUCUGGUGAGAUUUAUCAAUUUUGAACGAACUAAGCUUCCUGAGGAGAUUUUGAAGCAUAAUUUGGAAGAAAAGAGGAAAUACUUUGCAGAUAUCUCCAUUGAGGUUGAAAAAAGUGAUGCUGAGGUCCAGGCAGAGGGAGUCUACAACCAAAGGCUUCAGAAUUUGGCUCUUACUCUUGACAAGGUGAGAUAUGUCAUGAGAUGUGUUUUUGGUGACCCAAAGAAAGCUCCGCCACCUCUGGAGAGGUUGAGUCCUGAAGCAGCAGUGUCCUUUCUCUGGAAAGCGGAGGGAUCACUUGUAGACGAACUUAUUCAGUGCAUGGCACCUCAUAUGGAUGAUAGCAUGCUAAAUGACCUUAAGUCCAAGAUUCGUGCUCAUGAUCCAUCUGGUUCUGAUGACAUCCAGAAGGAGCUUCGGGGAUCUUUAAUAUGGCUGAGGGAUGAAGUACGAAAUCUUCCAUGUACAUAUAAGUGUAGGCAUGAUGCUGCUGCUGAUCUGAUUCACAUAUAUGCUCAUACAAAGUGCUUCUUUAGAGUAAAGGAAUACACGGCUGUAACUUCCCCACCUGUUUCCAUUAGUCCUCUAGACCUGGGCCCCAAGUACACUGAUAAAUUGGGGUCAGGUUUCCAGGAGUAUCGCAAGAAUUACGGUGAAAAUUAUUGUUUAGGGCAGCUGAUUUAUUGGCAUAACCAGACUAGUGCUGCUGAGCCAGAUUCUAGCCUAGCCAGAGCGAUUAGGGGUUGUCUGUCGUUACCUGACAUUGGUUCCUUCUAUGCCAAGGUCCAGAAGCCAUCUCGACAUCGUGUUUAUGGCCCAAGGACUGUAAAAUUCAUGUUGGCAAGGAUGGAAAAGCAGCCCCAGAGACCAUGGCCCAAGGACCGGAUAUGGUCCUUCAAGAAUUCGCCUAAAAUAUUUGGCAGUCCAAUGCUAGAUGCUGUUUUGCAUAAUUCUCCACUAGAGAGGGAUUUGGUACAUUGGUUGAAGCACAGACCGGCCAUUUUUCAGGCCAUGUGGGAUAGAUGAACUUUAACAGGUUAGCAGAUUAGCAAAGCAUUGUGGAAGCAGCAAUGGGUGUUUAUCAAUCCCGUUAUUCAGGAUGAUUCUUCCAUUUUAGUUAUAGUUCCCCUUUUGUGUGGGAGUGUAGGCAAUCAUUCACAGAAUCAAAAACAUUCCUUGUGCUGCUGUGUCUUCAUUCUUGUGUACAGUUUCAAUAGGUUCUCAAUAUAUUUGUUUUUUAAUUUUUUUUUCUUCUUUUUUUUUUUGUAAUUUGAAAUUCAUUAUUGGUAGUAGUGCAGUUUUUUUUUAUAUUUUUCUUUUCCCCUAAAUUUAAGGGAAAAAGGUGAAAGGAAGAAAAUAUUUCAAGAUAGCUUACCAUCUUUUCAUUAUUCUUGUCGUUUCACAGCGUUCAAACUUUCUUUUCCGGCUAUUGGAAUGUCAGCACUUCUUUCUCGUCA